GGGGAAAGUUUGCAUUGCAAUCCCCCUGCCUUCCUCUCCUUUCUCCCGAUCAAUGCAUAUUUGCAAAAGGAUUAAGCCACAGAUUUAAGCGCCGGGAGCCCAUUUCUGCCUCGCAAAGGAGACCGGACUGAGAGGAAAAAAAAAAAAAAAAAAAAAAAAAAAAAAAAAGCAACCAAAAGCCAGCUCUGAUUUCUUUUCGUCAAGUGGGAAGGUGGUUUAUUUUUCUUGCUUUUCGGAGUCAACACCCUUCCCCACCAGCCCUUAUUCCCACCCUCACCCCGCAACCCCUUCACGCCCCCCUCCCCCUCCCCACUCCCCAUCCUCCCACCAGCCUCUAAAAGAGGCAAAGGGAUUUUUUUUUUUUCUUCUUCUUUUGGUCUUCUUUUUUUUUUUUUUUUUUUUUUUCCCCCUUCCCUGUUUAUCCUGAAAAGGAUCUGAAGCCAGCUUGAAGGAUAAAAAGCCUUGGUGCUGCCCAGGAGCCGAGCCGAGGAGCAGAAGAGGAAGAGCCGGGGGCUGCCGUUGCCUUUGGAGAUGGACGAGCAGCCCAGGCUGAUGCAUUCCCAUGCUGGGGUCGGGAUGGCCGGACACCCCGGCCUGUCCCAGCACUUGCAGGAUGGGGCCGGAGGGACCGAGGGGGAGGGCGGGAGGAAGCAGGACAUUGGAGACAUUUUACAGCAAAUUAUGACCAUCACAGACCAGAGUUUGGAUGAGGCGCAGGCCAGAAAACAUGCUUUAAACUGCCACAGAAUGAAGCCUGCCUUGUUUAAUGUGUUGUGUGAAAUCAAAGAAAAAACAGUCUUGAGUAUCCGGGGAGCCCAGGAGGAGGAACCAACAGACCCCCAGCUGAUGCGACUGGACAACAUGCUGCUGGCCGAGGGGGUGGCGGGCCCUGAGAAGGGCGGAGGCUCGGCGGCAGCAGCGGCGGCAGCGGCAGCUUCGGGAGGGGCGGGCUCCGACAACUCGGUGGAGCAUUCAGACUACAGAGCCAAGCUGUCCCAAAUCAGACAGAUCUACCACACGGAGCUGGAGAAGUACGAGCAGGCGUGCAACGAGUUUACCACCCACGUGAUGAACCUCCUGCGGGAGCAGAGCCGGACCAGGCCCAUCUCCCCGAAGGAGAUCGAGCGGAUGGUCAGCAUCAUUCAUCGCAAGUUCAGCUCCAUUCAGAUGCAGCUCAAGCAGAGCACAUGCGAGGCCGUCAUGAUCCUGCGCUCCCGGUUUCUGGAUGCGCGGCGGAAGAGACGAAAUUUCAACAAGCAAGCGACAGAAAUCCUGAAUGAAUAUUUCUAUUCCCAUCUCAGCAACCCUUACCCCAGUGAGGAAGCCAAAGAGGAGUUAGCCAAGAAGUGUGGCAUCACAGUGUCCCAGGUAUCAAACUGGUUUGGAAAUAAGCGAAUCCGGUACAAGAAGAACAUAGGUAAAUUUCAAGAGGAAGCCAAUAUUUAUGCUGCCAAAACGGCUGUCACUGCUACCAAUGUGUCAGCCCAUGGAAGCCAAGCUAACUCACCCUCGACUCCUAACUCAGCUGGUGGAUACCCUUCGCCAUGUUAUCAGCCAGACAGGAGGAUACAGUGACGGACUCGCAGCCAGUCAGAUGUACAGUCCGCAGGGCAUCAGUGCUAAUGGAGGUUGGCAGGAUGCUACUACCCCUUCAUCAGUGACCUCCCCUACAGAAGGCCCUGGCAGUGUUCACUCUGAUACCUCCAACUGAUCUCCCAGCAGUCGCAUCCCGGCUGACCCUGUGCCCCAGUCGGGACAGGGCCAGGAGGGAGGGUUUCUCUCCCAACGCUGAAGCGGUCAGACUGGAGGUCGAAGCACUCAGCAAACACAAUAAGAGUCUCCUUCUCUUCUCUUCUUUGGGAUGCUAUUUCAGCCAAUCUGGACACUUCUUUAUACUCUCUUCCCUUUUUUUUCUGGGUAGAAGCCACCCUUCCCUGCCUCCAGCUGUCAGCCUGGUGUCCGCCAUCUUUCCUGCCCCCUCCCUCUGUCCUAGACUCCCUGGGUCCCUGCCCGCUAUUACAUCACGGAAGGAUAUUUUCAACAAUUAGAGGAAUUUAAAGAGGAAAGAAAAUACAAAGAAAAUAAUAAACGUGUUUGUAUGUUUUCACGCUGGUGGUUUGAGGAGCCAAAUUUACCUCACUCGGAUCCCUCGCUCCCUCUGUUAACAGGCAGCCCUUCUCUUGUUUCUCUUCUUACUCUCACUACCUCUUCGCAGGAAUGCGCCACGUUGCCCCCACUCAUUCCAGGCCCCCUGCCUCCUCUCGCUCUUCCCUCCCUGGGCCGGUUCUGCUUAGAACACUUUCCUCCUCUUCCUUCCCAGCCCCAGCUGUGCCCCGGAGACUGCCGCAGCUGGGCUUCUGAAGGUGCCACAUUUUCCGGUCUCGGCUCCACUAGGUCGAUUCCCAGGCAGGAAGUGGAGCCGCAGGAGAGGACGUAAGCAACCAGCAGGGGAGAAUUCUUGGAGGCCUCCUCCUCCUCCUAACAGCUCUUGGUUUCAGAGGCAUAGUCUUUGGAGACCACGCAACACUUAGCAAGCAAAGUCCAGCACCUACGGCAAAGCCAGAUCUGAGUGGGCGUGGUGACGAAUGAGCCACUAAGGAGUAGAAGGUUCUUACCCUGAAACCCUUCAAUGAAACCUUCACAGACACACACACACGUGCACACACAUGCUCACGCACACCCAGGCACACGUCAGCACAGGCACAGCCUCAUACAUUGGUUUUCUCAAGAUCAGUCACAUGCCACAUGCCAAGACCUACAUUAGCAGCCACAGCAAUUUGCCUGGUGAGCCCAGGAGAGGCAGUUAGCCGCUCUGAAGGUUGCCGACCCAGAGAAACAGUAUGUGCCUGGGGCUUCCCCGACCUGCAGCCCCCCAGCCUGCACACAGCGGAAUGACCUACACACAGGACUUGAUCGUGAUGGAGGCCAGGUUUGCAGCGUACACUGUUGUUCCCGCCACCUCUGGAGCGCUCAGGGAGCCACACACAGUGCUUACAAUGUCUGGAACGGAUUUGGUUCUGUUCUGGUUUUGUUUUCGUAUUAGGGACGUUGCAUUAAUUCUCCGAAGUGUCACAUGGCACCGCAAUCUGGUUCUGGAGGGGUUGCGUAAGAACACGGCUCGGGCAGAUUUUGCUAGCUUAACGUGAAGACCUAGGAGCGCUGGGGAAAGGGGAGGUAACGUCCUCCGUGAAAUUGUCACAGUGGUUUUCAUUCCCUGGAACUAUCUGAGAGGACAGUACGUAUAGAAAGCUCUUCUGUAGUGUCACCUGAGCUUACAUUCUUCAGCUGUGCCAGCGAUCAACGUGGUGGCUCUGUAACCUAAGUGGGGAGGUGGCCACAUCUCUCGGCACCUCAUUGUCUUCAUCUGUAAGAUGGGGAUUGUGAUGCCUGGUUUACCAAGAGGCUUGUGAGAGACUGAGGAAAUUGAUUUCGUUCAUAUCCCAUUUGUACAUGUGAAGUCAGGGGAAGUGUCAUCCCUGAGAUAAACCGGUUCGUGCCAUGGAGGGGCAAUAUAUGGUUUUGCUGUUCCAACCUCUGGUUGCCAUCACAACCAUCUGGUAACCCCUGACGUCAUUGCCGUGGUGACAAAGAGGAGAAGGGGUAUUAUUGUUGGUUUUUUGUUUGUGUUGGUCUGUUUGGUUUCAUAGACUAGAGAUAAGCGUCCAACCUAGAAAAAUAGGACCCAGUUCUCUUAGUUUGUACUUGAACCCAGUAUGUGGCCUUGUAAGUACUUAGUCCCCUGUCACAUCCACUCUGCUUGAGAGGCCUGUGGGAGACAUAGAAGCCCCUGAGAGGUAAGGAUGGCCCGCUAACGAGGUCGUGGAAAUUGUGCAUGGCGCUACGGUAAUGAAUAGAAAUUGCUCCUGUGUGUGUGUGUUGAAGAGAGAGGUUCCCUAAGAAACUGGAAGGUGCGUGACUUUAAAGGAAAGGCAAAAAAAAAAAGGUAAAUCUUUGGCAAGAUGGAAUUGUGCCUUGGUGACUAGGAGCAGUGGAAAGACUGUGUCUGCUGACCUGUGCCCCAAUCAGAACAGAACCCGGUAGAGGGGCUUCCGGGCAAGAGCCGUCUUGUGACAACUCCGUAGUCAUAGAGCCUUUGGAGAACCUUGCUCAGGGUCAGGGACCUAAACUACCCACACGGGGGUACGGCUGGGUCACAUGCCUGACUGCGCUAAGUGCAGAAUAGACCCGAAAGGGUUCUCUUAGAAACCGGAAGAGCGAUUCCAGAUUUGGGUUGAAUGAUUGCCAUUUUAAGGUGUUGAAACAGAUCAGAGCAGAGCUGCAUUUGCACAGACGGCUUCUCUCCCCGCAGGAGUUUGCACUGAUUCUCACCUCUCCCAGCAUCUUCCCCACUCAGCACUUACUUCCCUCAGACCUCGGUUCCAGUUGCCCACCACCUCCCCUCCAUGCCCACCAUCACGUCCAACACGGCAACCGCCAGAUCCCUGACAGUGAGCGAAGCUUGGGAACUCUGGAAGCAGAAGGAAGGGGAUGGAAAGAGCGUGCCUCUGGAAAUAUAGCUCCCUGGGAAUUCGUAUUAGGUCCAUCCUACAGAUACCAAAAUGUGCCCCAGGACUCCUGCAUUUUCUAAUGGGAGUGGGAGCGCCCUGUUUUCCCUGGCAGCUGAUUUCCCCUGAGUAAUACUAGCCCUUGGGUUUGCCCACCUUGUUAACUCUCCAUCACAUCCUCCUUUUCACCCCUAACUCCUCCCCCUGGCGUGGAACUGACGCCUGUGCAGUACUUUUGCCAAGUGGCACCUUCCUUAACAGUGAUUUUUUUUAUUAUUAUUAUUUUUGGGGGUUUUUUUUUGUUUUUUUGUUUUUUGCUGUGGUGGUGGUUCUUUAUUUCCUGGUUGCCUUCUCUCACAUACCUUACCCCCCCUUUCCUUCUGAGUUUUAUUUUUCUGCCCAGAAAAACCUGACUUCGAUACCAAAAAAGAUGAAACUACAGAAACUCAAAUUUAAAAAAAACUUAAAAAAAUACAAAAAAAAAUACUCAACAAUUCUUUCAGCUUUAUUAACAUUUUCCAUUGUUUCUUGCGACUUGUGUCUCGUUCUUUGUAGUAUUGAUGAUGAACAUUUGAUAAUGAAUGUUCUUGUAUAUUCAGAUAAAGAAAAAAAAAACCAAAAAAGCGGUCUGAAUUUAAUAGUGUUUAUAAUAAAAAAAUUUUAAAAAUGACCCUCAUAGCACGCAAAACAGGAUGGGGGGCUUCCCCUCUUCUUUCUGUGACAAUACACAUCAUUCCUGCGUUCGUUUUUAACACCAAACUACCUACAUUAAUCAUUUCCCCCAUUUUUCUUUUAUUUUCUUGCAUUUGUGAAUUAGUUCAAGAAUGCUAGAAAAGUGUCGAGUUGUGCACAUUCAUUUCCUGUUUCACAAUGUUUAAAAGUGACAGUAAUUCAUUUUGUAAACUAAAAAAAAAAAAAAAAAAAAAGGUUGGGAUAGUGAGCAUAAUAGGUACAACCUAACACGUUACGUUUAUUAACUUUGAGACCCAGAAAUAAAUUCUUUUCUUUCUUUAUUCCUGCUCUUUAAAAUAUUAAAAAAAAUAUGUUUUGUGUUAUUUUUGGUUGUUUUAUUGGGGGGGGGGCUUUUUUUUUUAAUUGUCAGGAUUAUGAUCUUGCUGUUUUGAUUCCUUAAAUAUGUAUACGAGGUGAUGUGAAAAGAUGACAUUUGUAGAGUUAGGUGGCUUCCUUGUACUUCUACUUUGCUCCGGAAUUCAGUUGACUUCAACGACAAAGAUGAAGCCCAUGCGGAUGUCACAUCACUCACGUGCAUUUCCAGAGUGUGUGGCACUCCUGCAGUCCCUGAGAAAAACACAGUCAGGGACCUGGGUUCUCCUUUUGGCCCUUUAAAAAUUCAAGGACUUGGUCCAGGAGACCUUGUCUACAGUAGGGAGAGACUUCUUGCCUUUGUUGACUGUGAAUGUCGCAACGAAAUGCUUUCUUUUCUUUCUUCCUGAUUAAUAACAACAUUCCAUGAGCCCUCUUACAACUAGAGAGGAUCUUUUCUCCCAGAAGCAUCCGACAGGAAAUCCUGGUGUGAUGGACCACUGGCUACGUAGACUAGAUCCAGCAAGCCAUCCCGGGGGUCCGCCGGCCCGCUGAUUCUUUGAGUCCCGAUUUUGGAUGAAGAGUCGAGAAACUGAGCCUGACUCAGGGCUCUCCUUGUAAUGCUGAGAGGUGAAGUUGGACUCCUUGACAGCAUAGCUCUUACUACCCUCCGAUUCAGGUGGCUGCUUAAAACUAGUUAACCCGGCGUGAUUUGGAAUGUUUUUAUUAGUUAAUAGGAGAAAAGAAAGCAGUAUUAUCUGGAAGAAACUUAUUUGAAACACUUUGCAUUCAACAAAUGAUUAUAAGUGUCCAGAAAGCAACCAGAACGUAAGCAAGAAAAGUGAAGGCAAAGAUGCGGGACUGUGGAACAGUGCUUCGCAGGUGUUUCUGCCCAGACACCUGCACUCUUGUUCCUGAGUCAACAAAAUAAUGACGAGCUUUUCACAUCACCUUUCUGGUUUCAACACCCAGCUCAGAGCUUUCUGGAAUCUUCUAUUUUUUGUAAACUUUUUUUUUCCCUUUUGUUAAAAUUAAUAAAACAUUCAAUGUUUUCCCCCCUUUUCUCUCUUAUUACUUACUUCCUUUCUUUCCAAUUAUUUUGAAGUGCUUUCCUUUGGUGGUUGGUUUUAUUCUCCUGCUCCCCUCCCCUGUUCUUAUUAUUCAGAGUAUAAACCUGCAAAGUUCUGCUCUGUUUUGGUUUUUGAAAGUUUAAGCUUUUCUGCUUCUGUGAGAGCACAGGCUUCUGUCCCUUUUGAUUCCAACUGAACUUUUGUGUUCUCUAAUGAUACUAACACGGUGUAGGUUUUACAGUCUCCUAAUUUGUACUGGUAAUGCAUAUUCCAAAUAAAUAGUUUCUUUUGUUGCAAAAAAUA